CACUGCAAUCAAUCCCCCGCCUCUGACACGGUUUGGUCAUACUGAACUUCAGCAGCCAGUUUAGAUAUACUCAACUUGUUGUAAACAUACUAUGAGACGUACUUAGAUUAAUCACAGCCCCCACCGUGCGACGAGUUUAUUCAUACUUGAAUCAAGUCGUUUAUAAAUACACCGUAAAGCGCCCAGCUGAGCGGUGUGAAGUUAUCUGUGCUUGCUCGUUGAGAUGUCAUGUACGCUGGUUAGCCCCUCUGGAGUUCGGGUGUGUCUGGAGAAUGGGCGAGCUGUGAUUCUGGGCCGAGGACCAGACACCGCAGUGACCGACAGGAGAUGCUCCAGGCACCAGGUGAAGGUGGUUGCAAGCUAUGCAGACCAGAAUGCGGUUGUUACUCAGCUGGGUCCAAAUCCCACUUUCCUGGACGAUGUGCAGCUGGGCCGGGGACAGUCUGGUAAACUCGCUCAUGGAGGCACCCUUUACCUGGUUAACCAGAACCAUCCAUUUAAACUGCACUACUCCCUGAGCUCAAAUGGCGCAGCCUCCGGCUCUGAACAGAAAGGACUAAAAGCCACCGAUAAGUCAAAAGGAGGAAGAACCGGGAGAGAAAAAGAGGCACAGCUGAGCCUAAAUCCCAAGCGUAGUAUCAAGGAUUUUUUUUCUACAUCUCCCAUGAAGCCAUCUAAAAGACAACUGAGCCCAGAGAGGGGCCAUCCUGAGGUGAAGCGCCAAAGAAGAGAUGAGGAAGCCUCAGACAGACAGAUGAAGGAGGAGGAGGAGGAGAGGCUGGCAGAGGAGAAGCUCAAGCAGCUGCAGGAGUUGGCGGAGAGGUCUAUGACAGAGGGGAGUAACAGCACCCAGCCCUCAUCAUCGGCAUCAUCUGUGUCAGUUUUAAAGGGCUGCCUAAAAAGUAACUGGCAGGAAAUAGGCAACUUGAUGAUUUACACUGCUGCAGGUGUCAAAGGGAGUGACAAGAUUGCUGGGUUUGACAUAGAUGGUUGCAUUAUCACCACCAAGUCUGGUAAAGUCUUUCCAACUGCACCAGAUGACUGGAAGAUUCUGUACCCUGAGAUCAAGCCAAGACUUGCCAGCUUGCUCAAGAAGGGAUACAAGUUGUUCAAGUGUACGCCUGCUCUCUUUCUGCAGGUGGUAUUCUUCACCAACCAAAUGGGGAUUGCUAAAGGUAAACUGAGACCAGAAGUUUUCAAGUCUAAAGUGGAAGACAUCCUCACCACACUGCAGCUGGCUGUGCAGGUGUUUGUAGCAGUUGGUCCUGGUGUCUACAGAAAGCCAGUGAUGGGAAUGUGGAAUCACUUGUGUGACAAGGCAAAUGAUGGCGUGACAGUUGACCAGACACAGAGUUUUUAUGUGGGAGACGCUGCAGGUAGACCGGAAAACUGGGCUCCAGGGAAGAAGAAGAAAGAUUUCUCUUGCAGUGACCGAUUGUUUGCACUGAACAUUGGGUUGCAGUUCCACACCCCUGAAGAGUAUUUUUUGGGCUGGAAGAAUGCACCCUACAACUUGCCUAAUUUUGACCCUAGGAGGAUUGACUGCAAUGCAAGACUCUAUGACCCUCCGUCUGCCUCUCUAACUUCCAGCCAGACAGAAGUCAUUGUCGCCGUGGGUUUCCCUGCAUCGGGCAAAUCCACCUUCUUCCAGACGCACAUCAUUCCGAAAGGCUACGUGUAUGUCAACAGGGACACACUUGGUUCAUGGCAGAGCUGCGUGUCGGCAUGUGAGCGCGCUCUGAAAGAGGGCCGCAGCGUCGCUGUGGACAACACCAACCCAGACCCGGAAUCUCGCAAACGCUAUGUGGAUGUGGCCAAGGCCGCCGGCGUGACCUGCCGCUGUUUCCACUUCUCAGCCUCUCUGGAGCAGGCCAAACACAACAACAGGUUCCGUGAGAUGGCUCCAUCGGACAUUAAACACGCCAAGGUCAAUGACAUGGUUUUCCACAGCUACAAGAAACACUUUGUGGCACCUUCUCUCUCUGAGGGAUUCUCCGAGAUCCUCCAGAUCCACUUUGUCCCGAAAUUCAAACACAGCCAAUCAGAAGCCCUGUUCCGGCAGUUUUCUGAGGGCUGAUAGGACAGAUGGCUUUCUAACAACUGUUACUCCUAACACUGACCCUGCCAAAAAUACAAAUGACAGCCAGUGAAGGGGCUGAUUUGUCAGGUCCAAACAUUUAGCCACAGUCAUAGAAGAACACACCAAGUUACUGCACAAACAUGUUCUUCUAUUUCAGCUGAUGGACUGAGGUCUGUGAACUGCUUAUAUGUUGCUACUUAUAUACAUGAUGCUGUUAAAUAAAUGCAGCAUUGAACUGGGUACUUCCAUUUCAAACAGUGUUUUAUUAAACAAUUCAACAUAUCCAUGUGAACACACAAAUCUGUUUCCGUCAUGUGUGGCACAGGAAGUGAAUAUCUAUGUGUUCCAUAUGUUGAGUUAUUAAGAGUAUAGUGUGAAAACAGAGGGUUAAGUAAAACAUUUUUUAUGUUGUGUAUGACUUUGUUAAGAGGAAAGGCCUCCUCUGUCUAGGAAUAAAGCUUUGGAAAGCUC